AACAGAGCAGAGGCAUGCGCUUUGAAUAAGUGACUGCUGCCAACGGGAGCAGUUCAGAACUAUAUAGCGACUUAAAAGCAAAUCUGUCUGACCAAACUAGCUUGUAUCUCGAGGCCUUGGUAUUUUGUAUGUUUGUAUUCUGAUUCAGUGCCCUCUGACGGGCGACAACACUUAUAUGGCUCUUAGAUAUUGUGCGUAAAGUUUGGCGACCCCCGUCAGACCUACUUUUUGAGGCAUGUCAUUUGUAAAUCGCUCGCGCUCUACAUAGAAGUACAGAUUUCUGUAAAUACAACGGACAAAGCCUCAACCUAACGACAUAAACUGUGGUGACAUAUUUAUCGUAGCGCACGAAAUAAUGCGCCAGUCCAGGUCAAAGCCAAGGCGUCGACAAUCCUCCAAGGCAAGAUGCCCUCCCGAAUGGACGAUGUCAUGCGUUUAUGCUGUGACCUGUCAGCAAACCAACAGAUUAAAGUAGCAGUAAAGAACUCUACCAAAGGUGCUGCCGUCGCAGGAGGCACGGCCUUCAUUGGAGGACUACUAGCAGGCCCCCCAGGGCUGGCUGUAGGGGGUGCGGUGGGUGGUCUGCUGGGCUGCUGGCUGACCAGUGGGCAGUUUAAGCCCCUGCCACAGAUCCUGCUGGAGCUGCCUCCCCAUCAGCAGGAGAAGCUCUUCAAGGACGUCAUGUCGGUGCUCAGCUCGCUGGACUGGACUGAUGUUGCCCAGCUCAUUGCGUUGGUGAUGGGGAACGCCACGCUCCAGCAGCAAGUCACCGCCACUCUCCUCAACUACAUCACCAAGGAGCUGAGGGCUGAGGUGCGCUAUGGAGACUGAGCACAAGGGGGCAGCACUUGCCUGGGUGCUGGCAGGCAGGCUGCCCUGGUGCAUGCCUGGGUGCAGGCAGGUGAACAUGCGUGACGCCCCUCCCUGGAAGACAUGAUAUGCAUUCCAAUGUGCGACCUUGCGUCCUCCACUUGUGCUUGUGGCCUCACGUUUUGCUGAUGCCCCGCCUCUAUGGAGCAAACAAUUAGGUUUCCCUGCUGUCAGCCUAGCCACAACAAUUUUUGGGUGAUUAUUCUUCAUUCACCAUCCAGUUCACAAAUGAAAAAAUGACUUCACAGUUCAGCUUUUGCAAGAUAUUGAAAUACUGUCAGUGAUGUCAUCAUGACAUAUUACUUCCUGGUACGAGGCCACAAGCACAAGUGGAGGAAGCAAGGUCACAUAUUGGAACGCACACAUGCUGUGCUUUCCAAUAUGCGGACUCCCGUCCUCGGCCUGUGCCUGUAGCCUCAUGUUGGUUUUGCUGACGCCCUGCCUCUGUGGAGAAAACAAUAAAGCAUCUCCGCUGUCAGCCUAGCCACAACAACUUUUGGGGGACUGUUCUUCAUUCACCAUCCUGAUUGCAAAUGAGAAAAUGACAUUAGAAUUGAGCUUUUGCAAGAUGUUGAAAUACAAUUCUGUUGUCAGUGACGAGGCCACAAGGAGGCAAGUGAAGGGAGGAUGGGAGUCCGCAUAUUAGAAAGAACCCAUGAUGACGACUUCACUUACAGAACAGGUUUUUAUACACUGCUCCUGAGAGGACAAUGAUGAAUAAUGUUUUCAGAAGA